CGCCCGCCCACUCGUCGUCCCCCUCCUUUCACGAGCCCUCGUCCUCUCCUUUCCGUCCAGGCCACCCAGGCCACCACUGUCCUUUCUCCGGCACCUGUUAACAGCAGUCUCUCGUAGGGCCAAGUCAUGGGUAGAACUACUUUUCGUAUCGGGCAUGCCGCGGCUGUCAAGAACAACCGUAAAAAUGCGGUAAGACGAGCCUCCUGCUCGGGCAACUUCAUCAGUUCCCCGUCCGCCGGCCAGCAGGUCGAUGUUAGCAGCGAAGUCAUGUUCGCUUGGGACAAUACUUGCUUGAACAUAACUGCUGCCGACAUCUAUCUUUACGCGCCCUAUCAAACGCAAUCCAUCCUUCAAAUGUUCCAAGAUGUCGACUUCACAGAGGGUAGCUACAACGCGACAUUGAAGCCGAAAUGGUGGAACUCGACUUCUACUGUUCAAUUACAACUUACCAUUGUACAGACUGGCAUGCCAGUCAUGUAUGCUGAACUUCCGCCGGGUCCGAUCUGGAUUGCCAAGUACGAUGCUUCAGCAAAAGGCACAUCUGCCUCAGAUAUCGGAACAACGUCUUCUGGUGAUGGAAAUGUCACCAAAGUAAAUAAUUUGGAGUCAGCGAAAAGCGGCGGUGUUUCGAAGGGCGGCAUCGCAGCUGCCGUACUUGUCCCGCUUAUCGUUAUCGGCCUUGCGAUCCUCGCUUACAUCAAGAUUUCCCGCCAACGUGGAAAGGAACGCCGCAAGAGAUGGAGCGAAGCCGUCGAUCAGCGCAUGUCUGUCAUUUCUGGAGACUGGAGAAGCAUGAGUGUGAAGGGCGCAGAAGCUGCCGUCCGCGCGAGCGUGAUCGAUCCAAACAGAAGUUCUAUCUGGUCCGGUUCUGGCAACGCUGGUGUCGGUACUCCUCGCCCUUCCAGCACUUACGCUGUCGAAGGUGCAUCUGCUGAUGGAAAUAUCGCUCAACCCGAAAUGGCACAAAUCCGUCGUCCCGGUGUCGGUCCCCGAGGUCCAGUCGCUUCUACCGCGGGCAGUGUCGGACGUGCUUCACGUGUUUCGUUCGCUGCUGAUACGCGCUUCUCUCGGACUUCUACCGGGGAUGGACUUGGAUCUCGCGCCCGCCCUUCUGGCGAAUCUCGUCGUACAGGCGUCCCCUCUCGUGCCUUCCAUUCAGCUUAUAUCCCACCGGUUCCCUCACGCCUGUCAGAGUAUGUCCCGGACGUUAUUGAUACGAACAACGGCUCGGACAGUGAAGAUACCAGCGGCGGUAUGAUGAGCCCCACUCAGCGUAGCGGACCCUUGGACCUUAGUGCCGAAGAGAUCCAGGCACGCAUGAAUGGAGGUCAGACAAAUGAAUCACGUCCCUCGUUCGACGCUAUGAUGCCCGCUCUCAGUAUGAUGCGAACUAAUAACAGUUCUCAAACGGAUCUCCUCCUGGAACGCCAUUCUGGCGAUAUCCCUCCCGUCCCACCUCUCCGCGUUAACACUGCUUCGCCGACUGUUCCACCACCGGCUGCAGCGGCGAAAUCACCUGUUAUGGACGCAAUGCCGCUUUCUGCUGUGUCGAGUGUCAUGUCUCCUGAUGAGAUGUUACGUGCUUACGCAGAGCGGAGGAGGACUGGAGCGAGCUUAGGUGGGAUCUCUUCUCCACCUGGAUCUCCUGCGCCAGUGACAGGAAUCGCGUUCCCAAUGCCUGUUGUCACUACUAAUACGGGUGUUACGGUGACGAGUCCUCCGUCGACGAUGAGAACGCUUUACUCUCCCGGUCCCGUAGCCUCCUUUGGUGCUGCAGCUACGUCUGUUUCUGCUUCGGAGACGAGUACUGUUCUGAAUGAUAGUGCGACGAACCCGUUUAGGAAGAGUAUGGCGCAGCGAAGUGCGGAUUCGCAGUAUACGGAUGAGGAUGCGUAUUUCGGUUCUUCGGCACAUUAACUAGGAUGAGGUAUCGGCACCGACAAACAUUGACAUCGAUAUACAAUGGGAUAUCUAAUAUCUAUAUCUGAUAUCCUCCCCCCACCGCGCCUUCCCAACUUCCCUUUGUGGAUAACACUCUCUACGACUUUGACUCUCUUUGAUGGUUCCGUUCUUUUGCUUGAUUUGAUAUUGAUACUAUAUGUAUAUUUAUGUGAAGAGGCACAUGCAGUAGCUGCCUUCUUGAGGUGGCUUCGACUGCGCCUCAGUCUACCCUAUUGGAUUAUUUUCCUCGAAUUUUUCUGUUCGUGGUGGCAUGUUUUCUUUUCUUCCUCCGAUAUGGCUUUGUGAUUUUAUCCUUUCCCCACGUUUUGGUUAAUUCCGAACCAUUAUUAUUAUCUGUUCGGCAGUUUGUUCUGCACUUGGUUGCUCAAGGAUGUACGGCCCCCCAGUGGCUCACCUCCUUGCUUCAUCUUCCAUACUCCGGUCUAUCAGUGUGACCACACUUUUUAUUCUUAAUUUUUCUUCGGUAUUCUGGUCGUCAUACAUGUUUGACCACUGAGUCUAAAGCUUGCUGCCUCGGUGCUCGUAGCUCUUGACCUUUUCUCUUCGUCUCUGGCAGGCACACAUGCAUAUGCAUGUGUCGUUUGUAUACCCUUAUUAGUGAGUUUUAUAGCGUAUUUGCUUGUGGUGG